AUGGAUUUUACUUCAGACUCGACGGUCCGGAGGAGCAGCAGCGCGUCUGCAGCCGGGCUCGCGCAGUCCUCGAGCGAGCUCGAGGACGGGCUGCCCGAGGCAGACCUUCAGCUCAUCAGGCUUCAUGAGCAGCGGGACUCGCUGAUCUCGAAGAGGAACCGCCUGUUGCAGGAACUCGAGUCGCUGAAACGUAGGACGCAGGCGCCGCUGGAGAACGUCGCUGGCGCAGAUGCAAGACUCAUGGAUCUCGUGUUGCUGUCCGGUCCCGAGUCAGCAACCAUCGGACCAGCGGUAGAGACAAUCGAUGGGAGCACCGAUUUGCAGAGGGAGCUGGCGACCAAGAGCGAUACAUUGCCCCUGUUGAACAUGCAAGCGAGGCUGCAAAGUUUGCGUGAACUCUACGCUGGCGUGGAGCUGGAGGUCGAGAGCAUCGAGGAUGCCACCGCGACGGAAGUGAUCGUCAAGGCCCAGUUCAGCAAGCUUCGACCCGCGUUCCACGUGACGCUGAAGCUGAAGUAUCGGGAAGCCGUCCUUGUGGGCUGCGACGUGCAAGAUAUGUCUCGGAGCGUCAGAUGGCUGCUGCGCGACCUUGUUCGGUGCCAGAACCCGCCGCGGAUUCUGCUGGGUUGUUUCGAGUUCGACUCGCUUCGCGAGCGUAGGUCCGCUGAGUUCGAUCGCCUGGCGUCGGCGAUGUCCAGAUAUCCAAGCCUCGUGACAGUGGAGCGCGAAUCGGAAGCGUGUAUUAGGUUUGCCCGGUCGGUCUCGCCGACAGCCGUGCUGCGAGUGCAAUGGCUCAUCGAACUGGCGGACAUGUGGCCCUCGACGACGAUCGCUACGACGUUGGUCAACGGGUCUGGGGAACUGAUCGACACCGAGCAGAUUAAAGCCGGGCUGCUCAGGGAAUACGGCGUGAGUCUCGGCUUACAGGAGUUAUGUAAGGCUUGUCUGUGUUUAUAA